AUGUCUUCCUACAGAGACAUCCCCGAGGACGUCCUCAACCGCCUCAACAGCGUCUCGGGCUCCUUCAAUCCGCGGGACGAGGGCCAGGAGCGAGUGGCCGCCGUCGUGGCAGAGCACCUGCCCGACGGCUACACCGCCGCAUUCGACGGCUUUGACGGCACCGGCGCCGCCGCCCAUGAUUCCUCCAACAACUCCGGGCCGGCCGGCCCAGCCUCCAACAACCCAGACCUGGCUGUCGAUGACUCCGACCACCCCGCCGAGUCGUCGCUCCUGCUGCAGGGCGGCGACAUCCACCGCGACCUGUUCAAGAUCCCCGCCCAGCCGCCCGGAAUCCAGCGCGCAAUGACCUUCUCCCACCCCGUGCGCACCGACACUCCGGACAACGAAUUCACCGCCGCCGACAUCAACCAGAUCCAGGGCUUCCGCAGGCACCAUGUCCUGCAGAAGCAGAGGACCCAGCGGCCCCGCGGAUUCCAGGGCGGCACCAGCAUGCCCAUCACCCGCAGCUUCGUCGAGUUCCUUGACCUCUACGGCGCGUUUGCCGGUGAGGACCUUGCCGACUCGGACGACGAGGGCGUCACCGACGAGGAGGCCACGCCGUCCGAGCAGGCCACCGAGGAGCAGGAGGCCGCCAACGAGACCAGCCCGCUCAUCCGUCGCCGGCCCCACCACGUCCGAAGGAAGUCGUCGCGCGUGCUGAGGCGCCAGGGCGACGCCUCCACCACCAAGACGUUCCUUACCCUGCUCAAGGCCUUUGUGGGCACGGGCAUCAUGUUCCUACCCAAGGCCUUCUACAAUGGUGGCAUCCUCUUCUCGUCCAUGUGCCUCGUCUCCGUUGCCGCCAUCUCCAUGUGGGCCUUCCAUCUUCUGCUCAAGUGCCGGACCUCUGUUGGCGGCUCCUACGGUGAGAUUGGCGAGGCCAUCGCCGGGCCCUGGAUGCGCAAUGUCAUCCUGACCAGCAUCACCCUGUCACAGCUGGGCUUCGUCUGCACGGGUCUCGUCUUCGUCGCCGACAACUGGUUCAGCUUCCUGGCCGCCGUCACCCACGGCGCCAACCCGCUCGGCAUCAAGGUCCUCAUCGCCCUGCAGGCCCUGCUGCUGAUCCCGCUCAGCUUCAUCCGCAACAUCUCCAAGCUGGGCGCCGCCGCCACCCUCGCCGACGCCUUCAUUCUCAUCGGGCUCUGCUAUAUCUGGCAGUACGACAUCUCCCACCUCGCCAGCGAAGGCAUGAGCCCCACCGUCGAGCUCUUCAACCCCAAGGCUUACACCCUCACCAUCGGCGCCUCCAUCUUCACCUUCGAGGGCAUCGGACUCAUCAUCCCCAUCCACGCCUCCAUGCGCCACCCGGAGAAAUUCGAGCCGCUCCUGGGGCUGGUCAUGCUCAUCAUCACCUGUAUUUUUACUUCCGUCGGCGCCCUGUGCUACGCCACAUUCGGCGACCGCACCCAGAUCGAGGUCAUCAACAACUUCCCCCAGGACUCGCGCCUCGUCAAUGCGGUCCAGUUCCUCUACGCCCUGGCCGUCCUCAUCGGGAACCCCGUCCAGCUCUUCCCCGCCAUGCGUAUCCUCGAGGGCCGCAUCUUUGGCCACCGCAGCGGCAAGAAGGACCUGCUGACAAAGUGGAAGAAGAACGCCUUCCGCACCACCCUGGUCGUCGUCUGUUGCGCCAUCAGCAUUGGGGGCAGCACAAACCUCGACCGCUUCGUCGCCCUCAUCGGCAGCGUCGCCUGCGUUCCGCUCGUCUACGUGUACCCGGCAUUUUUGCACUACAAGGCUGUCGCCACCACACCAAGGGAGAAGAUCGCCGACACAUUGCUCAUGGUGCUGGGGAUCGUGGGCAUGGUGUACACGACGGCCAUCACCAUUUCGAGUAGUUUUGCCUAA